CGAAGAGGGUUGGACGAGAACAAGAGAAAAGCACUCAGUGAAACAGUUGACCCCAAAACUCAAUGGGCCAUGAUUUGUCAGGAUCGAAAAGCCGAAUUGUCAGUUUCAGGCAGAAGACCUACCACUGUAGAGGGCGAAGAAGAAGCUCCACCGUUAAUCAACGUCCUAUCUGAUCUGGCUGGUGAAAUGUGGUCAGCAACCAGAGAUUCCACAGCAAGAGCUGUAGAAAGACACUCGAACAGAAGUAGUCAUUUGGCACCUGCAGGACGUCGAAUGUCUGAAGCCAUUCAACCCUCCAUGUCAAGUUCGAUCAGUACUGUUACAGCUGCUCCCUCUACCUCUAUUGCGUAUGAAGGAGCUUCUGCCUCUGAUAAGAACUCGCCAGAAUUCUACAUUCGAAAAUUUAUGGAGAAGGAUUUAAGAGCCGUGACCCCAACCUUGGCUGAUAACUUGGCCGUCAGUUUAAGAACUCGACCAUUAGAUUGGGUCUUGCGAUUUACUGAUCUAAAAGGUCUUCGUACCAUUUCAACAGGUUUAUCUUAUUUGAAUAAGAAACCUGAUAGUGAAAGAAAAGGACAAGCGUUGGAAUUAGAAUAUGGACUUAUCAAAUGUAUCAAAGUGUUGGUCAAUGCUAGAUGGGGUGCUCGUGAAGCCAUUUUAAAUCCUGAAUAUAUUCACUCGUUUGUAUUUUCGAUUGUUUGUCCACAAUGGCAAUCCCGAAAGAUCAUUUGUGAUAUCCUAUUGUUCAUGUGCCAUUGUGAUGUACCAUUGGGUCAUACCAUUGUUAUGCAAGGUUUUGAAGCCUUGAGAAAACAUCGCAAAGAUUUUGGUAUCUUUGAUUCAUGGUUAAAGAACUUUGAGAAUACCUUGGAUGGAAGACGCAAAGUUAGCGUCUAUGUUCCACCUGAUAGUCACUUGGUUGAAUACGCUAUUUCCAACAUCAGUUUGAUCAAUGCACUUGCUUAUAUACCCACUGAAGUGACAGACCGUGUCUAUUUGCGUAGUCAGUUCAAAUCAUCCGGGUUGGAUCGCAUUUUCUUGAAAUUAGAAAAAUUAGAUGAUGCUACCCUCUAUGACCAAAUGGAUAAAUACCGUUCAAGAGCAGAGAGUGAUCUCGAUGAAGCCUUUGGCGAUGAAAUCUCUUUAUACAGUGAUAUCUCGCAACCCAAUGAGCUUUUAGAUCUCAUCCUUGAAAAUAUUAUUGAUGCGCCAGAGGCACUUGGAUAUUUGAUUCAAACCUUUAGAAGCAUGUUGUUGAUUAAAGGUGAUGCUGAUAAAAAAACACAUUAUCAUCAAGCUAUCAGUGAAAUCGUGUCAAAUAUCGUGAUGGAUCGCAGAGACAGUGUCAGUGUGGAUGAACUUGGGUCCUCUGCAUUUGGUAUCUCUGUAAACAGUAUGAUUGGCAGAUUUAAUGAACUGGAUCGUUUACAAGAGCUUGCUCGAAAUGCAGAAGAGGACAGAGAAAGAGCCAUCAGUUUAGAAGCGGAAAAUCGAGAGUUGAAAGAACAAUUAGCCUCUUUACAGAAAGUCAACCCAACCGAAUCGCGCAAUUACAAGAUGGAAAACGUUGCUUUACGUGCGUUACAACAACAGUCAAAUCGCACUAUCGCCAUGUUGCAGGAACAAUUGCGCGAAAAGACAGAAGCAUUGGAAGACAAGGACGAUGAUACCGUAUUAGCCAGUUUUGUGCGUUCACCUAUCGUUGUAGGUGAGGAAUGGAAAAAAUCCGGAAAGAAGUCGGAAUCACUUGCUUCACUUUCUCCCAGUAGUAGUUCAACACACCACGACCAAACAUCUCAUAACAUGCAUAAUAUCGGUCCAGGUGGACACGUUCAACCUUUGUCGCCUUUACCACACUCUCAUGAUCUUCAUAAGCAGCGUGGACCUCGUGGACCUGCUGGACCUCCUAUUCCUACUGGACCUUUACGUAAGCAAUUGCGACAUUAUCCACAAAUUCAACUUAAAAACCUGCAAUGGCAAAAGCUGGAUGCACGCGGUGUUGAAAAGACGAUUUGGAAGUUGGAGGAUGUGAACGAAAAUGAGAUUGAAGAUGAUUUGGAUAAACACGGUGUGUUUGAAAAGAUCGAAACCCUCUUCCCUGCAAAGAUCAAUACCUUCUUUGAUAAGAAGAAUAAGGCCAAGAUUGCAGAAAAGAAGGACGCUGUUAAAUUCUUAUCAAAAGAAAAAUCUAGAAAUAUCAAGACUUUCUUGAGUAAUUUAAAAACUUAUAUCGUCAGUAAGGACGACGAUCUCAAGAUCAUGAAAAAGUAUCAGGACGGACCUGUUGAAACCUGUGUAGACUUGGAUAUUCCUGAGCAAUUCAUUAUUGAGAUGUAUCGCAUGUACCGUUACGAGACCCGUAUUCAAUUUAUGCUUGUCCGAGUUCAAUUUUGGGAAAAGUUUGAUCAAUUAGAGAAAAAUAUGACAGUUGUCUUAAAUGCUUCCGACGCCUUAAAGAACUCACAUAGUUUAAAACAAUUACUCUGCUUGAUCCUUGUUCUCGGUAACUUUAUGAACGCUUCCAGUUUACAGGGUGGUGCCUUUGGUAUGAGAGUCACUAGUAUCAAUAAGCUUAUUGAUACCAAAGCCAAUAUCACUUCUGUCACACUUUUACAUGUCUUAACAGGUGUUAUCAGCCGACAAUUUCCCCAACUCUUGACCUUUUUGGACGAUCUUAAGGAUAUCGAGCAAGCAGCUCGUUUGGAAUUGGAAUUGGGUACUAAAUGGCAGCCUGAGGAUGUCGAGUUGGAGGAAGGAGAUCGUUUCCGUGAAGUCAUGACCACUUACAAGGAAAAUGCUUCAAGUCGUUUCCAAGACCUUCAAACUUUAUAUAUUAAUAUGGACGCCAAAUACAAGGAUGUCAUGACUUUCUAUGGUGAAAAUCCCAAGGUUAUGAGACCCGAUGAUUUCUUUGGCACCUUUGCUCGUUUUGUAGUCACUUGGAAGGCUACUAUCGCUGAAGAAAAGAUGGUGAUUAAGCAAGAACGCGAAGAAAAGAGAAAGCGUGACGAUGAAGAAAGAAAAGAGCGUAUCAGUACCGAUACCGAAGGAAAGGGCGAGAGCGACCGUAACAUGAUGGAUAACUUGUUGGAUAAAUUGAGAACGGGCGAUGUGGAGGUGCGUACCACUAGACGUCGUAGUAGAAAACAUAAGCACAGAGCUCAAGAAGAGGAGGCUCCUGCUGAUGAAUUAUCGGCCGCAGACUUGUUGAAAAGCCUUGCAUUAGAGGACUAA